AUGGAGUUUGAGCAGCUGGAGAUGGGCAAAAAUUGCCUCAUGGCGGCCAUCACGCGGCAGGACGUGGCCGACUAUCACGACAUUCUGCACCCAAACGUGCUGCUAGUGUCGCACUUCGAGUACCCGCCGGCCCCGCCGAUGGUCGCCGACACCAUCCCGUACAUCGCCCACGGGCAACGCAGGGCCGCUGCACGGGCAAGGACAACAGCAGCCGCAGCAGCAACACGGAUGGAAGGUGUAUUCGGCAGGGCAGCGCAGACGAAGGACGGCGUGGGGCCCAGUGCCGGCGUUGCUUUUGAGGUCACCACGCCAACUACUGCCACCGCAGGCGCAACAGCGGGGGCCACGAUGGGGGCGGGAGCGGUGGCUCUAAAAGCGACGGGGACAAGGGGGAAGAGCACGACGGCGGAGAAGCGGAAGCAAAAACCGAAGAAAGGUGCCGAGAGUUAUGAGGUGGACAUUGUAGAGGGCCCACUGCUGGCCACAGAGCGGCUGUACCGCAUCCUGUACUGGAUGAACAAGGGAAAGUACAUCGCCGAGACAAAUUUUGAGAUGGAGGCGAGGAAGGUGAUCCUGCAGGACUCGGAACGAUUACCUCCUCCGCCGGCACCAAAGAACGAGGCGGAGCGCUACGCACAGCUUGGCCGUCAAUACACAGAUCGCAAUCAACGUCUUAGUCGAUUGCUUAUCACGUAUGGACGCGAGAUGCUGCUCUUUCGCGAUGAGUGCUACUUUGAGGACGGCCUGAUUGUGACGAUUCAUCGUUUCAUGCUCACAGUGCAGGAAAUGCUUGCCCUCGUCGGGUUAGCUGGAUGCGAACACCAGCCACAGGCGCAAAAGCGAAUUGAGAAUCUUGCAGCCGAACGUGAAAACUUCUACGCGGCUAGAAAGGUCCGAGUGGACAUGAAAAACCACGCGACUCUGCCGUUGUUGGACUUCACCUUUUGCAAGAUUCCCGACCCACUGCAUCUGCUCCAUGUGCAGCCUGUUGCUGGCAAAGUUCACGUCUCGCGCGAGGUGCAGCCGGCUGUAGAGCCGCACUUUGCCCAGGGUGUCUUUUUGAAUCAGCAGAGUGACCCUACCCGUCCGCAGAAGGAGCAGCGGGUGAUUGUCAGGGCACGCAACAAACAGGGCGAUGAGGAGGUGUACGAGUUUGUGGAAGAAUCCAAGUCACGCUUUGCCUUCCUGCGAGACCAUAAAGGAAGCACGGGGAACGAGCUUGAAAGCCUCGCUGCGAAGUUGAAUUCCACCUACGUCGCAACCAGCGUACGCAUCAGCGCCUGCGGCAUGGUGUCAACGGAGCUACUCGUGCCGGUGCUGCGGCGGCUUGUGAUGAACGCUAUCAUGACGAUACGAUCUCUGGAUCUGAGCGGUAAUGACAUCAGCGUCCUCCCCGAUUUCUCACUCCUGCCGCUGCAGCAUCUCUACCUGCACCAGAACAAGAUCAGGGACUGGGCGCAGGUAGAAGGCAGGGUCUGCCCCCUCCCGCUGCUCUCCUCCGUGACGCUGCACGGCAAUCCUCUAGCGGAGACCGACCCGCACUACUGGACGUCGGCCUUGGCGCGACUGAUGCGUCAUCCGAGGCGCAUGGUUAGGCUGCGUCAGCUUGACUUCGUCACGCUCACGUUGCAGGACUACAACACAGCAGGGACCUUUGAACUUUUCGAGACGGGCAAUGCGAAGCUACUGGAAGCGUCGCGUGGAAGGAACCCUGGAACGAAUGGCAUCUACCCCUGA